GAAUCGCUGAUAUUUUUGUGGAAAGCAAACCAUUUGCAUUAACUUCAUACAACUGUGUAUUACCAGAUUACACAAGUACUUAUGCCAUUAUGGUUAGAGCUUUAAUGUCUGUAAGAGACUGUUUCUUUCUAAUUAGAUUAAAGGAAGCAUAUGGUAAAAUUUUGAUGAAUUUCUACACCAUUUGAAGACUAAUGGACUGAAGUAAGAUAUAGGAUUGGUGCCAGAUACAUUAUAGAUUGGUAUAAAAGCUUGAAGGCUUUGGCUAAUUUCUGGCAUAUGCUCUUUAAUCACUCUGGCUUUAUAAAGCCAAAGCUAAUUGCACUGUCUUGAUUAAAAAGGCUAUUGAAUUCCAUGCCUAAGAUUCAACAUUUGUACGUCCUUCUAUUUUUACUUAUUUUAUAGUAUCUCUGUAUAUGGAUCUUACAGAGUUAUCAGGCCUUAUAAGGUACCACAAUGUUCUUAGAGAAUCCUAUGAAACUCAUACUCAACACAAAUGCUAAUCUUAUCCACAUUGGAACAUAGUAUUGUAGUGGCAGCACAAGAAGACUCACACGACCUGUUAUGGGAACGAUCUUAUAGUAUUAAGACUCAAUAAGCUAGUAGUCUUGUUUCACCAAAACCCAGAAAAUCCUUUGGAAGUGUGAAACUGAACAUGCUAAGAAAUAAAUGCUAUCAUUCCCAAAAAAAAAAAAAAGGCAUACAGUAGUUCUUUAAAAGUUAGUCUUCCUACAAUGACUUGUGGCAAAUGAUCAAGAAAUGGCAAGGCUAAUUCUUUUCAAGAGUCCCUUCUUGAAAGUCUUCCUUUGCAUUAUCUUACUUUCUUUAGCCUACAUUCUUGGCAUCCAAACUAACCUUUUCAACUCUACUUCUCUUCCACCUCCUCCUCUUGCUGAAAACCAGUCACAGCCACUCAACUGUGUCAAGAUCAACUUCACAUUGCCUCAUCUUGACUUUGGAGCACACCAUACUCUCUCUCUCCCUGAAGAACCCACCAAAGAUCCCUCAUUUUUCAGCUUUUGCCCUCCAAACUUCACAGAUUACUGCCCUUGCCAUGAUCCAUCAAGGGAAAUGCAUUUCACAACUGAAAGAUUCUUUAACAGAGAGAGGCAUUGCCCUGAACCUAAUGAGAAAUCGAAGUGUUUGAUCCCAAAGCCUAUUGGGUACAAGAAACCGUUUUCUUGGCCAAAGAGUAGAGACUAUGCUUGGUUCAACAAUGUCCCAUUCAAGAAACUGACUGAGUUGAAGAAAUCUCAGAAUUGGGUCAGAUUGGAAGGUGAUUUGCUGGUUUUCCCAGGUGGUGGGACUUCAUUUAAGAAGGGAGUGAAGGGUUAUGUUGAUGAUAUUAGACGUAUAGUGCCUCUGAAAUCUGGGAGCAUAAGGACUGUUCUUGAUGUUGGAUGUGGGGUUGCUAGCUUUGGGGCAUUUCUUAUGAACUAUAAUAUCUUGACAAUGUCAAUUGCACCAAGAGAUAUCCACGAAGCUCAAGUGCAGUUUGCCUUAGAAAGAGGCCUGCCAGCAAUGCUUGGUAUUCUUAGCCACCAUCGGCUGCCAUUCCCAUCAAGGUCAUUCGAUAUGGCUCAUUGUUCAAGAUGCCUGGUUCAGUGGACCGACUAUGAUGGACUUUAUCUGAUAGAGAUUGACCGAGUGUUGCGUCCUGGUGGCUACUGGGUAUUGUCUGGACCACCUAUAAAUUGGAAGGCUUUCUCUAGUGGUUGGGAGAGGUCAGCUCAGGACUUGAAACAAGAGCAAAACAGAUUCGAAGAUCUUGCCAGGCGACUCUGCUGGAGGAAAGUUGAGGAGAGGGGACCUGUUGCUGUGUGGCAAAAACCCACUAAUCAUAUGCAUUGCAUCAAGAAGUCGAGGACUUGGAAAUCUCCUUCUUUUUGUAUUAACGAUGAUCCUGAUGCUGGUUGGUAUAAAAAGAUGGAACCAUGUAUCACUCCCCUUCCAAAUGUGACAGACAUACAUGAUAUAUCUGGAGGAGCUUUGGAAAAAUGGCCAAAAAGGUUGAAUAUUGCUCCACCAAGGAUCAGAAGUCAAGGGAUUUCAGUCAGGGUCUAUGAAGGGGACAAUCAGUUGUGGAAAAGAAGACUUGGACAUUAUGAGAAGAUACUCAAAUCUCUCUCUGAAGGUAGAUAUAGAAAUAUAAUGGAUAUGAACGCCGGCAUUGGUGGUUUUGCUGCAGCUUUGAUCAAGUAUCCAGUUUGGGUAAUGAACUGUGUACCUUUUGAUGCAAAAAACAAUCUUAGCAUUGUGUAUGAGCGUGGCCUUAUUGGAACUUACAUGAAUUGGUGUGAAGCCUUUGAUACAUAUCCAAGGACGUAUGAUUUAGUACAUGCCUAUGGUUUAUUCAGCAUGUAUAUGAACAAGUGUGACAUUGUGGAUAUUCUUCUUGAGAUACACCGGAUUCUUCGACCAGAAGGAGCUGUUUUAAUAAGGGAUCAUGUUGAUGUUAUCAUGGAACUGAAAGACACUACAAACAGGUUGAGGUGGAAUGGCAAGGUUUUUCACAGUGAGAAUGGACCUCUCCAUCCAGAAAAGAUGCUGUUGAUUGACAAUUCUAAUUAGGUAGCAUAUGCUAAUCAUUCUACAAACAGAAUCUGCCCUGUGAUUCCAAGGGUGGUUAUAUAUAUAUAUUUGAAGCAGACAGAACUCAUACAUUAACAUGAUUUAGAGUUAUGAUUUGUUAACUAGUACUCAUUGAGAGAGCUGUGAAAUUUGCAGUAAUGGAAAACAGCCAUACAAGAGACAGUUAUACAUUCCUUUCACAGAGUGACUGCAAAGCUCAAUGUUGAUACCAAUAAGAGUGUGCUUCAUUGAAUAAGAUUGUGCAGAGGUGAAUUACAAGAUAUAUUCUGCUUCA